AUGAUUGAGUGGGAGAAGGACAACAACAUGAUUGAAUACGAUCUCAGCGCGACUGCUUCUGUCAAUCUAGCAAUUGUAGAGGAAGUCUUCGAAAACUUUGGAGGCUUGCUGCUGGCAAUCUCUUCGUUUUGGGCAUUUGGCGGAUCGAUUCUGGCGCUUGUUUCCAUUGUCUUUACUGCAUUGUCAGCUAUCAUGGAAACCGGCAGAUACAUUGGAGUCAGGGCUCGAAUGAGAUUGUGCAGAGAGCAGCAAACGGCCAGCACAACGUCGUCAGGAAUGAAAGCUAUUCAUGAUGCAUCCGAUACGAAGGCAGCUGAGGGUCUGGUCCGUCGGAAUCUAACGCUGCUGUUGAGGUUUCGCAGGACUAUUUUGAGGCCUGAAGGUUGCAAAGAUGUACUCUGCAUGUGCGAAUGGCAGAGAAAGCGUACUUCAUCUAGUUACAAUGACAUACCGGUACACUUGCACUUGCAACAAACUCCAGAAACAGAAUACAUGCACUUACAAUUAUUUCUGUAUCUCAACCAAAGGCGAAUAAAUGGUCUCGGUUGA